AUGGGUAACAAAAAUAAACCUAAAGUCAAGGCGAAUGAGGGUCAACAUAGUGGUAAACAAUUAUGGACUACAUAUGCAACACCUACUUCGAAGAAAGGUCCAAUCUGGAAGCAAGCUCCAAAGAAAUUCAUUCCUGAAGUUUCUAAUGAAACAAAUACAUGGAUAUGGCCUUCUCUGGAUCAGCAAAAAUCACAAGAUGGAAAUAAAUCUGUAAAGACUGACAAGAAAACACCUGCAGAGGCAAUUAACAAUCCCAUUGAGACUGCAUUUGUUACAGGUUUCUGUUCAAACAAAUUCGUUUUGAGAUAUUACACCAAUAAUUCUGUACCUGCCAAAGGAUCAAUUUGGGAACAUCCGCCUCUUCCUGGCACUGCCAAAUUCCAGGCUCCUUCUGAUCUAGAUCCAGCUGCAUGGUCUACUGUGCCCGAAAAUGCAAAAUGGUCUAUGCUCCCUGCAUAUGCCAUUAAUCCUGCACUCAAAUCAGUUGAAGUUCCAUGGUGCACCAAAAAGAGAGCAAUUACAAUCCUCACAUGGGCGGCUCCUUCAGGUCCGGAUGUUGCAGUUUCUGCUAAUGUGACAAGUCCACCGGCUACUAAGAGUCCUUGGGUUACAGUACCAACCAAUGUUGCAUUUCCUACUCCUCUCGAACAGGAAAAUCCUGAUAAUGUUGCAAACCUUGAUUGGGGUGAUUGGGGUGUUCAACCAGCGGUAAUUUCUGAGAAAGAUGCUAUUGCAGCAAAUGUCUGGGAUGAUGGACCAGAACCAGUAGAGCCUUUUCCCACUUUGGUUCACUGGCCUUUCACGGGUGAAAAAGAUAGAUUAAAGAAGUUGGUUUCAUUGGGACCAUUUUGCUUCAACUACAAAAAAGUGCUCAAACAUCACAAACACAAUCAAGAACAAAGUGCAUUGAUCAGAGUACUUCAAGUAGAAGGUAUCAAUACCAUUCUUCUCAAAUUUAUUUGGGAAAAUCAUAGCAAUGCUUCUGCCCUUGUUCGAACCAGUCAGAGAUCAUGGGAAGUUGCGAUGGCUGUUACUGGAAUUUGGGAUAUGACUGGAGGUUGUUUCGAAGGCUGUGAUUUACCGAUAGAGGGCAAUGUCUCCGAGGGUAGAGCAGCUUCAGUUGUUGUGGUCACACCUACUAGGGAUAUGGAACCUAUCAAUUAUGUUACUCAAAUCAAGAACUUGAAUAAGAUGUGUAUGGCUAUGCAUAACUUCAGCGGGUUUCUUCAAAACAUCCAAUUACAUCACGUUCCCUUCCUCACCACCCACAUUCUCGCCUUACUCGUUCCCGAAAUGCGCAAGCUCAAAACCCUCGGUGUUUACAACUGUGAAUUGAUUCAUCUCGGUGAUGGGAUUGAACUCCUCAACAUCAUCACGCGAGAUCGUCUUCGCGGUUGCGAACACCAAGUCGAUUUAGAUUUCUAUCCAGCAUACCAUGUUGGUCCUCAUCCUUUCUAUCAAGCAGGUGAUCGGAAAGGAGAGAGAAGAUUAGGGGCAGAGUAUUCAUAUGGUGUUACUUGGGAUGAUCCCGGUAUGCACGUUGCUGAUAUCCGAAUUGCAAUCUGGCAGGAAGUUCACGGUCUUCUUCGCCAGGCACGUGCUCAGGGUAUUGAUUUUGUUUCUAAACAUACGAUGUUCAGACAAUGGUUGGAUAAGUCGCCUUGUAUGCUGGUUGAGGAAACUCUCAAGGUCCUGAUGGAUGAUAACGUGACGAUCGAUCAAAUUAUCGCCCAUGUUGCAUAUGCAGAUUUUGGUGGCAGGGUUGAGAAAUAUUUCGCGGCUUUGAAAGGAAAAGGCAUUGCGAAUAAAACCGAGGGUGUGAAAUGGAUGGAAGAAGGUUUCACAUGUCAUCAAUGUAGACAUCUCCUCCCCGGAGUCUGGUUCUCCUACCAAAUGAUCCGGAACUACAAGCUCGAUCCCAUCGACGAACCCGUCUGUCAAGCCUGCAAAUUAUACCAAUAUUUAAACCAGGAAGACGACCACUACAAAGUACAAAAGUUCAACAUCAUCAAAGCAUGGGUAUGGGAGCCCACCUCUAAUGUUCCCGGACAUCCAGGAAGAUGGAAUACCAACGAUAUAGGCAAAUUUCUCCACAUUUUCAGUAGUACACCUCAAGGCAGCAGAAUCAGAGGGUUAGCUCGAACGCUACAUGAUAAGAGAAGGCUUGAUGAGGCUCAUGAUAUCUUUCAUGAAAUCGAUGAGGUGCAGAGAACAAUUAGCAUUCAGGCUUUGGGAAGAAGAGGCGCGUAUGGAAUUCGUGCGGCGACGGUCCAGGAUAAGUUGUGGAUUGAGAGUGGAAGAAAACAUAGCGAAUGGGAUUCUUUCCGAGAAGAUCGGAUUAAUGGACAUGGUGUACCGGCUACCUUUAGGGGUCAUUGGUAG